CAUGCAGCAGAGCUGGAGAAGAAACAGAAUGAAGCAGAGAUCAAAAAGCUUAAGGGAACAGAGGUCCAGUACAGUCAUGUCAUUCAGUUGUUACAUGUGAAGAGCAACAAGUUUCUGACAGUCAACAAGCGCCUGCCGGCCCUGCUGGAGAAGAAUGCCAUGAGGGUCAUUCUGGACAGUGCUGGCAACGAGGGCUCCUGGUUCUACAUCCAGCCCUUCUACAAACACAGUUCCCCGGGCGACAAAAUUGUGGUGGGUGACAAGGUUGUACUGAACCCAGUGAAUGCAGGGCAGCCCCUGCAUGCCAGCAACUGUGACUUGGUGGACAAUCCUGGCUGCAAGGAGGUGAACUCCGUCGGCAGCAACACCUGCUGGAAGGUCCUGCUCUUCAUGGACUACAAGGAGAAUCAGGAGGAUGUGCUUAAAGGGGGUGAUGUGGUGCGGCUGUUUCAUGCAGAACAGGAAAAGUUCCUCACUGGAGAUGAGUACAAGAAGCAGCAGUACGUGUUCCUGCGCACCACAGGCAGGACCUCGGCCACAGCCGCCACUAGCUCCAAGGCAUUGUGGGAAGUCGAGGUUGUACAGCAUGACCCAUGUCGUGGAGGUGCUGGCCACUGGAACAGUUUGUUUCGGUUCAAACAUUUAGCGACAGGACAGUAUCUGGCUGCUGAGGUGGAUAAUGAUCCGACUCCAGAUGUGACCCGAAGCAAGUUGAGAGGUCAGCCCAACCUGCCAGUGUAUUGUUUGGUGUCAGUGCCACAUGGCCAUGACAUUGCUUCCAUUUUUGAGCUGGAUCCAACGACCAUGAUCAGAGGAGACUCGCUUGUACCCAGGCACACCUACGUACGUUUGCACCACUUGUGUACAGACUCAUGGGUACACAGCACCUCCAUACCACUGGACAAGGAGGAGGACAAACCCAUCAUGAACAAGGUUGGCUGUGCUAAAAUUAAAGAAGACAAAGAGGCGUUUGCCAUUGUGCCUGUAUCAGCCCAAGAGGUUAGAGACCUGGACUUUGCUAAUGAUGCAGCCAAAGUUCUCACAGAAAUCGCCAACAAACUGGAAAAGUCCUCCAUCACACAAAACCAACGGAGGUCUGUCAUCCAGCUCAUCACGGAUGUGAUCUACUUCCUGGGUCAUCUGGAGCUGUCCAACCACCAGGGCGACUGCCUGGAUCUGGUCAUCUCCAAGCCUGACAGGGAGAGACAGAAACUGAUCCGAGAACAAAAUAUCUUGAAGCAGAUUUUCAAGAUUCUUCAAGCGCCUUUCAAUGAUGUUGGAGAUGGCGCCCUCAUGCAGUCCAUGGAAGAAUUGUCAGAUCAACGACAUGCAGCAUUUAGGCAUCUGUGUCGUUUGUGUUACCGGCUUCUCAAGCUCUCCUUCCAGAAUUACAGGAAGAAUCAGGAAUAUGUGGCUGCCAAACUCCAGUUCAUGCAACGGCAGAUUGGUUACGAUGUCUUAGCAGAAGACACCAUCACGGCGCUCCUCCACAACAACCGUAAGCUGUUGGAGAAACACAUCAAGAAGCCAGAGAUUGAGAUGUUCGUUUCCCUGGUCAGGAGGAAGAAGGAACCAAGGUUCCUGGACUACCUGGCUGACCUGUGUGUGUGCAGCAGGGUGGCCAUACCUAUCACCCAGGAGCUCAUCUGCAAGACUCUGCUGGCGCCAGAGAACCAGGACAUCCUCAUUGAGACCAGAUUGAUUCGGACACAAAUGGAGUAUGAGAUGCCUACUGAAGGAGAGGAGGGAGUUGUCAUGACUAUGGAUGAGGAUGAUGAAGUGGUCCUGUUCUGGGACCCUGCCUACAAACCGAUGGAUGAAAACAUCAAGGAUGGCCCACUGAUGCAGUAUCCAGGCAUGGAGUACAGGUGUCAGAAGGGGGUUCGGGAGCUGGCCAUGGGGGCGGCUGACAACAUCAAGUCUGACAAGGAGAUACUGGACUACUACAGACACCAGUUGGACCUGUUUUCUUACAUGUGUCUGGACAGACAAUAUCUAGCCAUCAAUAAACUCAGUGAAUCCCUGGAUGUUGAUCUCAUUCUCAAAUGCAUGGCCGAUGAGUCAUUACCGCCAGACCUGCGAGCCGCCUUCUGCCGUCUGAUGUUGUCCAUGCAUGUGGAUCGAGACCCCCAAGAACAAGUGAAGCCAGUCAAGUUUGCCCGUCUGUGGUCUGAGAUCCCCCAGAAAAUAUCCAUCGAGGACUAUGAGUCCAACAUCUCCAAGGCACCAGAGAAGGAAGAAGUGAAGAAGAAGUUUGAUCCCACCAUAGCUUUUGUCGAGGACUACCUGUGCAACAUCGUCACCAAGUCUUGGGCAGACGGCGAGCAGAACAAUCUCACCUUUGAGGUUGUGAAUCUAGCCCGUCAGCUGAUCUACUUCGGAUUCUACUCAUUUUCUGAUCUCCUUCGCCUGACAAAGACACUUCUUAGUAUCCUGGAUUGUAUCCCAGAAUCCAUUGCCAGCUCAUCACACAGUGCCCCAGCUGUCACUGUGGGGAUCAAUGAAGUGUCCAUGAGCUCUGAAUUCUGCUUCCUGGACUCCGGGGAGGAUCUGGACCUACCUAUAUCAGAGAAGGCUACAGAGCUGAAGAACAAGAAGAAGAAGGAGGAGGAGGAGGACACCAAGAUCAUGGACACAAAGUUGAAGAUUAUUGAAAUUCUCAAGUUUAUCAUGGAUACCAGGCUAGAUUUCAGAAUUACCUCCCUUCUGUCCAUAUUCAAGAAGGAACAUGACGAAAACUAUAACCCAAAUGAGAAGACUGGUUUGGAUCUGGACAGCAUUGCUACCCAGGCUGAGGAUGUCUUUGGAGGGAGUGAUGAACUGGAUCUGGAUGGACAAGGUGGCAAGAUGUUUCUGAGAGUCCUGCUUAACAUGGUCAUGCACAACUACCCACCACUAGUCUCCGGAGCCUUGCAGUUGCUCUUCAGACAUUUCUCCCAGCGCCAGGAAGUUCUGAACGCCUUCACUCAGGUCCAGUUGUUGGUGACCACCAGCGAUGUGGAGAACUACCGACAGAUCAAGUCUGACCUGGACAAGUUACGUCUGUUGGUGGAGAAGUCAGAGCUCUGGGUCUACAAGGGAAAGCACGGGGAGGAUGCUCCAAAGAAGAAGAAGAAGAAACCAGCUGAUGAAGAGGGUGGUGAUGGAAAAGAGGGUUCAGAGAAGAGUGAGAAGAAAGCCAAGAAGGAGUACUUGUCGAGUGCAGGGGCAGAAUCAGCGAUUGACUUGGAUCUGGGCCCGCCGGUCAGCAGUGACUCCACUGUGAACUACAAGACUAUUAAAGGGAUCCUUCAAAGGCUGACGAAGCUGUGUAUUCAGGAGGCGGGAGACAUUAGGAAGGCUCGCAAGCAUGAGCAAAGGCUGCUGAGGAACAUGAAUGCUCACUGUGUGAUUCUGGAACUGCUGAGUAUUACGUAUGAUAAGGACCAAGACAGCAGAAUGAAUGAACUGAUGAAACUGGCCCAUGAGUUCCUUCAGGCAUUUUGUCUCAACAACCAGCCCAACCAAAGCCUGCUGGAAGACAAGCAGGAGCUGUUUCUGACCCCAGGGCUCCUGGAGGCAGAGACCAUGAAAGCCAUCUUCCAAGAUAAUGUAGCCUUGUGUAAUGAGGUCAGCGACCGGGUGAUCCAACAUUUUGUCCAUAACAUUGAGACGCACGGUCGACAUGUCCAGUAUCUUAAGUUCCUGCAGACAGUGGUCAAGGCAGAAGGAGAGUACAUCAGGAGAUGUCAGGACUUGGUGAUGUCUGAGCUUGUGAAUGUAGGAGAGGAUGUCCUUGUGUUCUACAAUGAACCUUCCAGUUUUGAGCACCUGGUGGAGCUGAUGCAGUCGGAGCACCAUCGUGUCAAUGAGCAGAGCCCUCUCAACUACCACAUCAACCUGGUUCAGCUGCUGGCCUUGUGUACAGAAGGCAAGAAUGUUUACACUGAGAUCAAAUGUCACUCACUCCUACCGCUGGAUGACAUUGUCAAGGUGGUGACACACCCUGAUUGCAUUCCAGAAGUGAAAACGGCCUACAUCAACUUCCUGAACCACUGCUACGUGGACACGGAGGUGGAGAUGAAAGAGAUCUACACCAGCAAGCAUAUGUGGACCUUGUUUGAGAAUUUCCUGCUGGACAUUGCCAUGGUGUGUAAUGCUACGCAUGAUCGCAAGCAUGCAAACACAGAACUGGAGAAUUAUGUCACCAUCACUGUCAUGAGCAUCAUCACCACUUUCUUCACGUCUCCCGCAUCAGACCAGAGCACCAACAUACAAACCAACCAACCUGUGUUUGUACGGCUGCUUCAAGGAGCCUUUCGCUUGAUCCGCUGUGAGUGGCUGGAUGGUGCCCAGAAAUUCCAUGUUGAAGCUUGCAUUAGGACCCUUUCCGAUACAGCCAAGAGCCGCAGUAUUGCCAUCCCGGUGGACCUGGACAGCCAGGUGAACGCCUUGUUUGAGAGAUCCAACAUCGUGCAGAAGUCCACGGCAAGAUGGUUGAAUGUGAGGCAGAACCGCCGCGAGUCUCAGGCACAUACUUCACGGGACUACAGGAAUAUCAUCGAAGGUUUGCAGCAGCAGCCACAUGGCCCGUAUCCACAGACGUGGAUGCAGCAAAGUGACCUGGAGGUCCUAGCACCAGAAGAACUGUCUGAGUUUGAG